AUGUUCUACAACACCGAGACGCUCACCUCGCGCAAGGGAGGGUUCGCGGUCUUCUGGCUCGCCGCCACCAUUGGGGCAAAGGGCACAACGGCCGUGCGCAAGCUCAGCAGGAAAGAGCUCCUCACGUGCAACAUCGUCAAGGCGUGCGAGAAGGUCAUACAGCCCGACGAGCCGCUCGCUCUGCGCCUAUCGGCCAACCUCCUUUUCGGCAUCUCGAGGGUGUUCAGCCACAAGUACGCGCUCUACGCCGGCGACGUCCAGCAGGUCCAGCAGGCUCUGCGCAAGGUCAUCGCCGAUGCCGCCCUCACGAUGCCCGACAUCACGCUCGGCCCCGAGCUGCCCCUCAUCCCUGUCGACCAAGGCGCCGCGCAAGCUCCCUUUGCGGCCAAGGAGACGGGCAUCGACCUGCACGUCAACCCGCACGCGGUCGUCGACAUGCAGCUCGACUGGGAGCUCGGCCUCGACUGGCACCUGCCCGGCGGUGCACCGCCCGCAGCCGAGGACGACGGGUACGACGAGGAGAUGUUCUUGAGCCCGGCCCAGAGCCUCGUCGCCCCUUCUCCCGCCGGCCGAGCUCCGGCGGCGUACCAGGCGCGCCAGGCCGACAUCACGCUCCAGGAGCCGCAGCUUCACGACUAUCCGCUCGAGUUCGGCGCCAUCGAGGGCUUUGAGGGCGAGCAGCUGCAGGGCGGGCCAGUUUUCGGCGAGGGCGAGGAGGGUCUGCUCGAGGGCAUCUCUCCCGAGCUCGAUCUCGCCGUCCGUGCCGCCUCGGGCGGCCGGGGCAGCGCAGCCUGUGCGUCUCGUCAGUACGGCGCCUCGUCAUCAGCUGUCGGGCACGGCGCCGACCUCGGCGGCAUGGACGACUUCUUCAUGCAGCCUUACAUGCCCGAGGGGGGCGAGGGCGAGGGCGAGGAGACGUUUACUGAGCGGGUCAGGCGCGAGCAGGAGGAGGGCAGGGCGAGGCUGGAGGGGCUUCCGAGGCGCUCGCCAACGCCGCUCGGCGAGGGCGACUACUCGCGCGACCUCCUCGAGGCGGAGGGGACGCCUUCGUCGACGACCCGCAAGCGUGUCUCGGACGCCAUCGACCUCGCCCAGGCCAAGGCCAAGGAGCCUGUUCGAAAGGCCAAGAAGCUCAAACUCGUCCCGAUCGACCGCAGCACCGAGCUCGAGGACGGCAUCUUCAGGGAGAUGCGCGAGAGCUACCCGGCGCGCAUGCAGGCCGAGCGCGAGGCGGCCGAGCAGAAGCAGCGCGACAGCGAGGCGCACCAGCGUGCCAUGGACCUCGUCUUUGGCGCUCCCGGCUUCCUCGCAGCACCUGAGCUCGCCGCGUUCUGGAAAAAGGAGGUCGCAGGGCAGAUGCCGUCGUUCGAGGGUGGCAAGGCCGCAGAGGAGAAGAAGCGCCUCGCCGCCGGGCUUUCGCCGCUUCAGCGUGGUCCGAGGCGCACGACCGAGGUCAUGCGCGGCGCGGCGGGCGAGCGUCUGAGCGAGCAGCCGGCGGGAGCCCAGGUCGGCCCGCACGAGUUCGCCGAGGACGUCUUCUUGCCGGGCGACUUUGACGGCGGGCCAGAGCGCGGAAUCGACCUCGGCGGGUUCGAGCAGUUCCACUUUGACGACGAGAUCGAGCAAGGGCGUGCGGCAAGCGCGGCGGCCAUGUCAGGCAGCCGUCGUGCCUCGGCGCUGCCGUGGGCGGCCGAGGUCCGGACGAGCGACGUUGGCGCUCCUGGUCGUCUGGCGGGCCCGUCGAGCGCUGCGGGCGAGAGUCGCGUCUCGAUGGAGGAGGCCCCGGGCGGGAUCCCUCGUCGCAGCCGCACACCCUCGCUCCUCCAGUCUCCCGGCCAUGCGGGCUCGAUCGGCGAGCUGCUCGGCGAGAAGGAAGGCGAACUCGUCGGGCUCGAGGAGCGCCGCUUCUCGCGUUCGCCAUCGCCUCACGCGUCGGGCUCUGGCCGCGCGCCGUCCGCCGUCCUCGAGCCGGGCCUGCGCGAGACCGAGUCGCUCAAGUUCCUGUCGUACGCCCGCCGCCAGCAGAAGCUCGGCGAGCAGCUCCUCUUCAGCGAUAUCGUGCCCGUCGGCGACACGAACGCGAGGACGGCGGCGCAAGCUUUGUACCACCUGCUCUGCCUCGCGACCAAAGGCCUCGUCAAGGUCGAGCAGCCUCAGGCGUACAGCCAGAUCGUCGUCGACAUCCUCUAGCCGCUCGAGCCCCCUCGUCCAGCCUCUCACCUUGGCCUCCUCCCUUGCCCGCACCCGUCCUUCUCGGCCUCCCAGUCUCUCAGACUCUCCGUCGCUUCAUCAGUACCCCUCUCGUUCUCCUCCCUCUUGUCACCCUGUCGAUAGUUCCCGUAACGAAGCCCGCUUUCCUCAGUG